AUGCCUGCCUUUAUCUGGAUACUCCUCUCCUCGUUGGCUUCUCAGAUCGCAAGCUGUCGAUGCGCCUUGGCCUGCCCCGGAUUCCCUUUGAACAUCUUCUCUCAGGUCGUCAACCCUUCAUUUUCGUUCUCACUUGUUACGGUCUCCAUUCUCAGCGCCAAAUUUAUACAUGUCUAUGCCCAUAUCACGGCCCUGUCCCGUGUUGACGUUUACAAAUGGGGCCUCUCCUUCUUUGCGCAGGACACAGCUCUCAUACUAGCGCUUCGACUGCUUCUUGACGUGAGUCCAGCUCCAUACUGUGCUAUCAACAGUCUUCAUGUCUUGAAGGCAACAAUAUCCUGUAUUUUCACGUUUGCGCAGGUCCAGGUGGCGAUUAUCAGCAUUUCAUUCUUCACCGUCGUCGGAUCCGAGCUUCAUUGGCGCCAUGUUGGCCUUGCUUUUGAGCCCUCGUCUUGGCCUAUGCUUCUUACUGGACUGCUGACUUACUUUAUCACCUGUUUUGCCAUAUUUCUUGCUAGUUGGAUUCUUCAGAGCACUCUUCUAGGUUUUUUUGGCUUUGUGGUCAAUGCGAUCAGGUUUGCGUUUAGCUUUCUGUCAAGCAAGGCUCUUUCAUUCCGAUAUGAUGUGAUGGCUGGCCCCUAUGAUCAUCUACCCCAAGUUGAGCUGGACUUAGACGAGGUAUCAGAUGAUGGCAGGGACAAUGGUACAGGUGAUGACAGUUGCAUACCACAACCUCUUUCCAAUACGCUGCAAAGAUUUCAAGUUAUUUGGAUUGGACACAUGGUAGUUAUUUUUCUCCUGGCUAUUCAGAUGGCGUCGUUGAUUGCACGUCCCGCUGAAAAGUCGUUCAUUUUGAUGUCCUGGACUCCAAUUUUAUUUCCCGUCAUUGACAUUGUACACUCCGCUCCUGCCCUUCCUGGGUUUCGCUCCAAUCACGUAGAUGGGAUCAGUUGGGUUUGGGAGAAUCGGACGGCUCUGAAGGAACCCCCUCACUGGGACUGGCUCCCGAGUGUAAGCUCCCCACUGCAUGGCUUCGAAGAUUGGUACAUUCCGGGGAGUAGUCACUACAGAGCGGCUGAAGAUCCACUGAAGAUCUCGAAUUUGGACGACAGUUUACUCCCGUCUUUGCGGGGUAAGCUUGAGAAUGUUGAAAUUCGUCAUGUAUUUCUGGUCAAGCUUGAGAGUACCCGAAAGGACGUGUUCCCUAUCAAGAAAGGCGACCAGAUCUGGAGGACUCUCGCGGACACCUGGGACAACGGGACGUUGCCAAAAGAAGUCCAACAGCGGCUAGCCACACUAACUCGGACCUCUAAUCACAUCACCGGUGACUACGGCGACGGCUUUGAACAUAGUGACACUAGUCGACGAGGCGGUAUCAACUUCAACAACGACCACACCACGAGUACCUACACUCUCAAGAGUAUUACUGGCACACUUUGCGGACUCACACCUCUGGUUGCGGACUUCAAUGUCGAAUAUAAUCAUCACAUCUACCAGCCCUGUCUUCCUCAUAUCUUCAGAGCUUUAAACGCCUUGGACCACUCCAAAGAUCCGACUACACCUACCCCUGAAUACAACACGUAUAGGUGGAGGAACUCAUUCAUGAUGUCCGUGACUAACUCCUUCGAUAAACAGAACCUAUUGAUGCCCAAGUUAGGAUAUCAUAGCGAGGAGCUCAUCACCAAGGAGUACCUGCAGCGCGAUGAUGCCAAGUUCGGCAAAGUGACGCUGCCCGACAUCAACUACUACGGCAUGGCCGAGACAGCUAUCGAGGACUACAUCAGGGAAACUUUCGAAACGGCCAACCAGAACAACGAAAGGGUAUUCCUCACUCAUUUGACCAGCACCACCCACCAUCCCUUCAACAUGCCUGACGACGAGCCGUACGUUCCCCUUGCCAGCGGCGGAGAUCUCGAGGACUUGUCUCGCUACGUCAACGCGGCAGGGUUCGUCGAUAGAUGGUUGGGAAGGAUCCUCGAAAUCCUCAAGGAUCACGGAGCUUCUAACAAUACAUUGGUUGUGCUCGUUGGCGACCACGGGCUGUCCCUUCCCGAGACCGGAGCUGUUACUCCUUACUAUCAACCCAACAUCGGCAAUUUUCAUGUGCCUCUCAUCCUGUCUCACCCGGCCCUUCCUCCUAUCAGCAUCGACGACCCAGUGAAUUCAGUCUCUAUUCUUCCCACUAUUUUAGACCUGCUUAUCGAAACCUGUUCACUCUCUGUCUCAGAGGGGCGGGCUGCGCACGACCUAAUCCGCAACUACGAGGGCCAAUCACUCAUCCGCCCGCUGCAGACGACAUCUCAGCGCACUGGCCAGGCCGAUUGGCAAUUUACAGUCAUGAAUACAGGUGGCGCCCAAGUAUCUACACAGCGCCACCAACCCCGAUUGGCGCCUGGUCGCUCCAGUGGUUGA